AUGACGGUUCUAGCAGCAAAAUUGACACUUUUCCUAUUUCCGUCCCUCCUCGUCCACGCUUUUCACCAUCAAGACGAGACUGCCAACAUUUUGAAACGAGGGGAUCACGAUGACAUCAAAAACGGUGACAAUAAUCAAAUCCUCAAAACUCCACACGAGGGGAGAACAAUUGAACUCUACUUGAACCCAUACGACCCCAUUACACGAGUCGCUGCCAAAGUUUGGCAACACGUUUUCGCCACGAAGAACAAGCUACAUAAAUUCCUACCUAAAAAGACGCCAACAACGACGCCGGGGGCAGUGACAAUGACAACAGAGGCGGAUUGUUUGACAACAGAGGCGACUAGCACGGAGAAACCUGCCCCCAUUAUUUCUGCUGAGAGCGUGACUUCCACAUCGCCAGAACCACCCCUCGUCACAAGCACGACGACGACAGCAGCUACGACGGUGACGACGACUUCUUCGCAUCCGGUGACGGAAGGACCGACCACCACACUGCCACCGGGCCAACAUACUGAAGGACAACAUAAUGUCAGCUCUGCCGUAACAGUGGAGAUGUCAAGUCCGACUCCGACAGUGGUCACCCCCACGACAAGCAAGGUGACAACAACUCCGGUGGACGAUGUGACUACAACGAUGAAAGCAGAGGUGUUAGUAACUCAGACACCAUCGAGUACUUAUCCGCCAACGAUGCAAGCAGGGGAAAAGAAUGAGACUACGCCGCACAAUUUAAGUCAGGCAGAAACUACGACGCCGAAGGAUGUUGUAUUGACAACGACGACGACGGCGACGAUAACAACAACGCCAUCAGGAGGAGAUGAGCAUAAUGGGACAACUACUCAACAUCCUCAAGAUGCUGUGACGCAGCAGCAGAAUAAUGUUACCGCUAUUAUUGACCAUACAACUCCUCCUCCUCCUCAAAAUGGGAAUGGAGGUCAGAAUGGCGUAACGAUGAAUCCGAUUCCUGGACAAGUUCCCCAACAACCGGAUCUUGCCCAUCCUCUUCCGGGACACGAGAACUUUCCCCCGCAGCAUAAUUUCCCACCACAAGGACAAUUACCUGGUGAUCAUCAGCAACCCCCACAACAAGGGCAACCCCCUCAGCAGGGGCAACCCCCUCAGCAGGGGCAACCCCCACAACAAGGGCAACCCCCUCAGCAGGGGCAACCCCCACAACAAGGGCAACCCCCUCAGCAGGGGCAACCCCCACAACAAGGGCAGCCCCCACAACAAGGGCAACCCCCACAACAAGGGCAACCCCCACAACAAGGGCAACCCCCACAACAAGGGCAACCCCCACAACAAGGGCAACCCCCACAACAAGGGCAGCAACCUCAACAAAAUCAAGGACAAUUUCCAGGACAGCAGGUACCUCCUAAUCAACAAUCUCCACAACCAGGACAAUUUCCAGGACAGCAAAGGCCUCAUCAUCCUGGUGGUCAGACCCAAUUUCCUGGUCAACAGCAACCUCCUAAUCAACCGAAUGGACAACCAGGACAAUUUCCACCAAAUGGGCAGCAACAACAACCACCUCUACAACCUGGUCAAUUUCCGGGACAGCAGCAAGGUCCACCUCAACAAAAUCCGCAACAAGGUCAAUUUCCAGGACAGCAAGGGCCUCCUCAUCCAGGUGGCCAACCUCCCUUUCCUGGUCAAUACCCUGUUGGUGCUUAUCCUCCUCAAGGACAAAAUCCUCCCUUCCCUGGGCAAUACCCAGGAAUGUAUCCAUCCAACCAAGGACAGUUUCCACCCCAAGGACCACCAUUCCCACCACCUCAACAAGGACAAUAUCCUCCCGGAGGACCUCCUCUUGGGCCGGGAGACUAUCCACCCCAACAACACCAACCGCCAUUCAACAAACCUCCCAAGAAUCCUUUCGCACCAGAGCAUCCAAACAGACCUCAACAAAUUAACAAUCGUGACCACGAAGAAGCCGAAGCAGUUGGAGCGUCUUCGUCUUCAGCUAAAAACAGCACAAACCUUGAGGAUGACAUGGAACCCACUUCUUCGCUUCUUCAAAACGAUCAACCUCUUCAAAAUUUUACAGAAUCUGAAAAACUGCCAGUUUUGCGAAACGAGGAAAAGAGGAAGCUUUCAACCAUGCACAGACUAUACGCCCCUCAUCCAUUGCGCCUGACCCACCCAAUUCACCUUCGAUUCUUCCUCUUAUCCAAAGAUCAGUCGAGAUGUGUGGUUAUAUGCUAA